CACCAUCGCCCGGAGCGGAGGAGCGGACCUCGGCCGUCAGCAUCGUCGCCCCGUGGUGUUGCGGUGUCGGCGGGCGUGGAUGAGCCGCUGGAGCCGAGGCGGAGAUGGCUGUCCUCAAACUGGCCGACCAGCCUCCCCUCAUCCAGGCCAUCUUCAGCGCCGACCCCGAGGACAUACGAAUACUCAUAUGCAAGUCUGAAGACAUCAACGCUCUGGAUGCUGAGAAGCGCACUCCGCUCCAUGCGGCCGCCUUCCUGGACGAUGCCGACAUCACUGAACUCCUCAUCCUCUCUGGCGCCCGGGUCAACGCCAAAGACAACAUGUGGCUCACCCCCCUCCACCGGGCCGUGGCGUCCCGCAGCGAGGAGGCCGUUCGAGUGCUGAUCCGCCACUCGGCCGACGUCAACGCCCGCGACAAGAACUGGCAGACGCCGCUGCACGUGGCCGCCGCCAACAACGCGCUGCGCUGCGCCGAAGUCCUCAUCCCCAUGCUGAGCAGCGUCAACGUGUCGGACCGCGGCGGGCGCACCGCCCUGCACCACGCCGCCCUCAAUGGCCACACGGAGAUGGUCAAUCUUCUCCUCGCCAAAGGAGCCAACAUCAACGCUUUCGACAAGAAGGACGGGCGGGCGCUGCACUGGGCCGCCUUUAUGGGUCACUUGGAUGUGGUGUGCCUGCUGGUGAGCCAGGGGGCGGAGAUAAGCUGCAAGGACAAGCGAGGCUACACCCCCCUGCACACGGCGGCCUCUAGUGGACAGAUAGCGGUGGUGAAGCACCUGCUCCACCUGGCUGUGGAGAUCGACGAGUCCAACGCCUUCGGGAACACGGCGCUCCACGUGGCGUGCUUCAACGGGCAGGACGCAGUGGUGAGCGAGCUGAUCGACUACGGCGCCAACGUCGGCCAGGCCAACAACAAAGGCUUCACGCCGCUGCACUUUGCCGCCGCCUCCACGCACGGAGCGCUCUGUCUGGAGGUCCUGGUCAACAACGGCGCCGACGUCAACGUGCAGAGUCGAGACGGAAAGAGUCCCCUGCACAUGACGGCCGUCCACGGGCGCUUCACUCGCUCUCAGACUCUGAUCCAGAACGGCGGUGAGAUCGACAGUGUUGACAAGGACGGUAACACGCCGCUCCACAUCGCUGCACGCUAUGGCCACGAGCUCCUGAUCAACACGCUCAUCACCAGCGGGGCCGACUGCACCAGGCGAGGCGUCCACGGCAUGUUCCCUCUGCACAUGGCGGCCUUGAACGCUCACUCGGACUGCUGCCGCAAGCUGCUCUCCUCAGGCUUCCAGAUCGACACCCCCGACAGUCAGGGGAGGACCUGCCUGCACGCCGCCGCCGCCGGAGGCAACGUGGAGUGCGUCAAGUUGCUGCUGACGAGCGGCGGCGACCAUAACAGGCGGGACAACUGUGGCAGGACUUCGCUCCACUAUGCCGCCGCCAGCCGCCACUACCAGUGUCUGGAGACCCUGGUGGCGUGCGGGACCGCCAUUAACGCCACUGACAAGUGGGGGCGCUCUGCUUUGCACUACGCCGCAGCGUCCGACCUGGACCGAAGGCGUCGUGUUGCCCUGGAGCCUGAGAGUGAAGGCGUGCAGGCGGAGCGGGAAAAAGAGGCGGCACUAUGUUUGGAGUUCCUGCUUGAGAGCGGAGCGACGGCCUCUCUCAAGGACAACCAAGGUUACAGUCCCGUGCACUACGCUGCAGCCUACGGACACAAACACUGUCUGGAGCUGCUGCUGGACAGAGAUGACGGUUACCAUGACGACCCCGACUGCCCUAACGCUGGGAGCCCCCUGCACCUGGCUGCGUACCACGGCCACGCUCAGGCCCUGGAGGUGCUGCUGCAGGGUGAGAGGGAGGUGGACCGCGUGGACGAGGCGGGCCGGACUCCUCUGUUCAUGGCGGCUCAGCGAGGUCACACGGACUGCGUUCACAUCCUCCUCAGCCAGGGGGCGUCGCCGCGCACCUGCGACACGCGGCACGGGGGCACGCCAGUACACCUCGCAGUGAUGAACGGACACACGCCGUGCGUGCGCCUCCUGCUGGACGAUUCGGACAGCGCGGACAUGACGGACGCCGUCGACUCUCAGGGACAGACGCCUCUGAUGCUGGCGGUGGCGGGCGGGCACGUGGACGUGGUGGCGCUGCUGCUGGAGCGGGAAGUAGAUGUCAACAUGGCCGACACGCACGGCAUGACGGCGCUGCACCUCGGGCUGCUGUGCGGCCAGGAGGAGUGCGUGCAGUGUCUUCUGGAGCAGGAGGCCUCUGUGUUGCUGGGCGACGCGCGAGGUCGCACUGCCAUCCACCUGGCGGCGGCGCGCGGCCACGCCUCCUGGCUGAGCGAGCUGCUGAGCAUCGCCUGUCCCGAGCCCGACUCGCUGCCCCCCCUCAAAGAUCACCAUGGAUACACGCCGCUGCACUGGGCCUGCUACCACGGUCACGAGGGCUGCGUGGAGGUUCUCCUGGAGCAGAAAGGUUGUCGCUGCAUUGACGGUAACCCGUUCACGCCGCUGCACUGUGCCGUUGUGAACGACCACGAGGCGUGUGCGUCACUGCUGCUGGACGCCAUGGGCUCAGACAUCGUCGGCUGCAAGGACGCUAAAGACCGCACUCCCCUCCACGCGGCGGCCUUCUCGGGUCACGUGGAUUGCGUCCAGCUGCUCCUUUCCCACGAUGCACCCGUGGACGCCGUGGACCAAUCGGGUCGCAGCGCGCUGAUGACGGCGGCCGAGAAAGGUCGCGUCGGGGUCCUCGAGGUCCUGCUCAACGGCGCCACCAGCAGCCUCCAUCAGGCGGACAAAGACGGCAACACCGCCUUGCAUCUCGCUUGUAAGAAUGGCAAAGAAGAUUGCGUCCUGCUGAUCUUGGACAAAUUGUCCGACUCGGCGCAAAUCAACGCCACGAACGCCGCGCUGCAAACCCCCCUCCACCUGGCGGCUCGUAGCGGACUCAAACAGGCGGUCCAGGAGCUGCUGUCCCGUGGAGCCAACAUCCAGACUGUGGACGAGAACGGUUUGACCCCCGCUCUGGCUUGCGCUCCCAGCCGCCAGGUGGCCGACUGUCUGGCUCUCAUUCUGGCUACCAUGAUGCCUUUGUGCUCCCCUUGCAGCUCCGGGGCCCCCUCCCCGGGCUCCCUGCUGAGGCAGCUGCCCCCCAAGGCGCCCAGAGGCCCCCAAGGCAGCGCCGGAACCCGCGGGCCGCGCAGCCCCCGCAACCCGUCGGGACCCUCCAGCGAGGGGACCACGGAGAACGACUCCGAGGACUCGGAGACGUUCUGACCUUCCCAGGUGACGUCUUUUGGGAGCGAAGGAGACAGAACUGCAUGUUUGUUCUCACGGGUGCUCCCAUCCAAACUGACCUCCUUGCUCCGUCUUACCAGAAAGACUUUUUUCAACUUUUCUACAAACCAAACUAGUUUUUCUUAUUAGGCUGCUUUGUCGUACUGAACAGCAGCUUUCAACACAUGAAUAAUAAUAUGGAUGGAACACCUUUUAGUCAGUCGUAACAAUCACCGACGCACAACGCUGACUCCGCGCCGCCAUUUUCCCGCGCGCCCACUUGGCCAACCAGGGUAGCCGACGUUAGCGUCUGAAAACAUUGGAGGUCUUCCUCUCGCCGUUAUUUCUCUUUUCUUGUUACACAACGGUACAAAAACUGCCAGCACUUAAAAUGUCAACAACACAGAGCCUUGCCCUCUUCUAGCUCCGCCCCCUCGUCCCCCAUGUGACUACCUACCAGCGAUGUGCCAUCAAACGUCUGCAGUGCCUUGACGGGUUUUGGGUUUUUUAUACACUCUUCCUAGUAAAUACAGUAGAUCCGCACGCUGAGGCGUUUCCCUUUUUAGCCUGCAGAUAGCGCCACCAAACCACUUUCUAUUGACGUUACUAGAAACUAAUUCAAGCAGUGAAAAUAAAGGAUCUACUGUAUUUAUUAGCGAGCAUAAAUCACGAGCAGCACAUUGUAUUGUUAUUUUACACCAACUGUCACGUUUACUAGCGAGUUUAAGGGCCACACCCACAAAAUCAACAUCAACUACAGAGUUUUAGGGCCACACCCACAAAAUUAUAGGUUAUUCCGCCAAGAAGAUAGGUUAUUCCAAGAUUUUCUUUUACUUUAUUAAAGUUGCAAACCACGGAAAAAUAAGCCAAAAUGUUACUGGAAAAGUCAGUCUAACAGUAAAGUUGUCAAAAAUUGACAUUUUAAAAUGUUGAAAAGACGACAAAACGUUACAAAAAAAUGUCAACAUUGUGAGGAUAAAGACAACAUUUUACGAUAAAGUUGCAAUAUUCUGGGAAAAAAGUUACGAAAAAAAGGUCUACAUUUUAUAAGAUUUUUUUUUUUUAACAGGAGUGAAAAUGUAAUAAAAUGUUUUUUGAAAAAAGUUACAAUUUUGAGAGGCACAUUUUUUUUUUACGUGUUUCUAAUAACUUUCUAGGACUGUCGGGGAAAUAAUUUUAAAGGAAAUAACGGUAAUAUUACAAUAAAAAGUUGCAAUUAGACAGGCAAUAACUAGUAAUAUUACAAUAAAAAGUUUUAAUUUUAUAGGAAAUAACUAACUAGUAAUAUUACAAUAAGUAAUAUUACAAUAAAAAUGUGUAAUUUGACAAGAAAAUAGUUUUACAGGAAAAAUCGUAAUAUUACAAUAAAAAGUUGUAAUUUUACAGGAAAUAUAUAGUAAUAUUACAAUAACAAGUUGUCAUUUUCUAGUUAACAUGUAAUAUUACAAUAAAAAGUUGCAAUUAGACAGGAAAUAACUAGUAAUAUUACAAUAAAAAGUUGUCAUUUAUCGGAAAUAACUAGUAUUACAAUAACAAAUUGUCAUUUUACAGUUAACAUGUAAUAUUACAAUAAAAAUUUGUAAUUUGACAAGAAAAUAUAGUAUUACAGGGAAAAUUCAUAAUAUUACAAGAAAAAGUUGUAAUUUUACAGUAAAUAACUAGUAAUAUUUCAAUAAGUUGUCAUUUUAUAGUUUUAUAAUGAAAUAUUACAAUGUAAAAUGGUCAUUUUACAGGAAAUUAAUAUUAAAAAGGUGUCAUUUUACAGUAAAUAGCUUGUAUUGUUACAAUAAAAUUUCAUAACUUUCUGUUGAAAUGAUGACAACGUUUUUACAAUAACGUUAAAGGAAAAGUUGUAAUUUUACAGGAAUUACAUUUGCAUUAAGAUUACAUUUUUUGAGAAUGAUUUUGUAAUUUUAUGGGAAUAAAGUGAGAGAGUGAUAAGGAACAAUAUUUUGUGGUGCGGCCCUAAUACUCUCAAAUAGACGUCAGUCACAUAUUAAGACGAUCUACGGUAAACAGGAUUUGUGUGUUUGUACAUUUUUGUAUUGUCACUCCACUGGAGCUGGAAAGCAAACAUUCCCAUGUUGUUGAAUUAAAAACCAAACGGCUACGAAACUAAAGCAAA